ACGCGUGCGCAGUUCCUAUGUCUUGCCCAAUGUUUUUGUUACAGAUCUCUUAUUGCUGGUAAGUGAAGUCUACACAAAAUGGAAACGACGGGGCCAUCAGUUUGUGUUAUAUUUCUUAUUUUUGCCUCAGUAACGUCCACUGAGUCGUCGCCUAGGCAGCUGAAUACGGAAAACAUCCUGAUUAACGUGACAGCAGGCACAUUGGCGGACGCACAGCUGCAGGAUUCCAACAACUUGCAGAUAAAUCUAAACAUAUCGGUGGGUGAAGAGCAGGUGUUGGUCAAUGACAUCCCAGUAGAGCUGUCAGGGGUGACCAGGUUCAACUGUCAAGCGCUUCUCUUGGACAGCAUCAAUGGAAGCAGUGAGUUUGAAUCUGGAGACUUGGUGUCCACUGUUACCCGGGUGAUGGUGAGCCAGAACCGGCUAUACAGCGACUCAGAGGAGGUGGUGGCUCUGCAGGUGUUCAGUGAAGUAAUAGAGAUGGAGGGCAAAGAGGUCCAGCAGCCUGACAUGUGUGAGGUGAAGAUACUGAUGAGCUCAGAUUUCCAGAAGCUGGCUCAGUUUACCAACAUCUACCCCAUUGGACACAGUGAGAUCUUCAGGGUUCCCAGGGAGAAUGAUGUGGUUGUCACAGAUCCACCAAAUCCUAGAAAAAAUGAAGAUCAGCUGAUCUCCCAGACCACCAGCCAGUACCCCUUGAAACACACAGAGACCACCCAGGAAGAGACUGCAGCUCCUGGAAAGCUCCCUGAGACUCCUCUGCGUAUGGAUCCCAACCUGCUGUAUGAUGUCAGAUAUGAUGAUGAAUUUGAUGACCGAGACCUGGGCCAGCCGGAUCAGAUUCAAAUGGAAACUCCGCCCAAGGAAUUAAUAUCAUCUUACUCUGCCAUGUGUCAGUGGGUGGAGCAAGUGAGAGAGCGUCUCAGGCGCUUCUGUUCCGAGUCCCUGCCUCUCUUCUUCCUGGUCAUGUGGGUGGUGGUGAUUGGCGUCGUCGGAUCAGCCGUCAUAGUCAAGAUCUUGGACAUGUUCUUCCCAGCUUGUGAACACAAGCACAUUUUUCAUCCUAAACCCUGUCACUCCAGUGCCGGAGGAUGAGAAGCACACUCUGUUGGAGAACAUAGAAAUAGAAGCAGAGGAAGAAGAGAAGAAGCCUUAAAUGAGGAUUGACUUGGCCAGUUCCUUUGUUUUCAGUUUGUUCUUGUUUAUUCUUUAACCUUGGUUACUAUGUUACACUUUAGACAUGGCCUAGAGUUGUCCGUAGCUCAUAUUCAGAUUUUGGAACCACUAGCUUUUCACUUUUAUUAUUUACCCUCUGAGCACAUUAAUCGUGGAACAGGGGGUGGUCUAAAGCCAUCAAAUAGACUAAAUUCAGUUUUGCUUAUGUGAAUCCCUCAGCGUCCAUGUGAAAAAGAAGGUGAGUGGUUUAUAGUGCUUAAUCUCAAAUUCAUAUGAUGUCAGCGGAGAGCUGUCAGAUUACAUUCUCCUCUCAGGUUGGAGUAUUCGAAAACUAGAAAUGUGUCAACCAGCAUCUGAGCAUUUAGUUCAUCAUUUGCACAAAAAACCUAACUCUUUGCUCCUGUGAUUGGUCACAUAGAUAAAUGCCACCUUUAUUAAGUCACAAAUAA